CGGUAGCUCGACGUCAGCACCUCUCCAAGUCCCAAGCUGCUCGGUUCAGAUCCAAAAGCAUUCGGCAGCCUCUUUGCGCACGGCGUUGGAAAACAACUGCUACCAGAUAGAUGGUUGGGAUUUUGCAGAUUCGCAUUCCUUGUGUCUACUGAGUUGAUCUUUUCGCACUGCGUCUGUUCCCCGCGCCAUCCCCCUUGACAAGGAGCGAAGCCCAGAGCCAGCAGACCAUGGUUUCGACCGCAGGAGGCAUCGUCAUCGCGAUUGUGGUGAUCCUAGUGGCGGCAGCCAUUGGAUGGGUUGUGUUCUCGCAACUGCGAGCGCGGAGACUAGGACUCCCGCCUCCCAGCUUAUCGUCAUAUCUACCGUGGCAUAAAUCAGACACCCCGUACGGCCCCCCGAAGCCGGCUCGCGGCGGCGUCGUCGGCUGGUUCAACGACAUCGUGCGCAAGUUCAAGCAUCGCAACGACCGGUCAGCAACCGGAGCCUACGAGCAAUCCGGCCCUCGUGGAAACCGCGGCUUUGGGCCUCUCGACCCGGACGAUGCGUGGGACGCGAGGGUUGGGAACGAGGCGGAUGGAUACGGCUACUACGAGCAGGAGCUGGGAGGACACACCGAGUAUACCGGCGCGUCCUACGACAGCGGUCGACUCGGCUCAGUGCCCGCCGCACAUGUGGGCUACAACGAAGAUGUGGAGCGAGGCAGACGACCCAGCCGAGACGCGGGAGCUGCAACGGCUGCCACUGCGUCGCAGAGGAACCCUUUCGAUGACGAUGCGCAGCCAAGCCUCAGGGGCGUCAGUCCUCGGCCCAUGGAUGCGUCGGGCGGAGCAGCGCACAAGACGGGCGAACGGCCAGGAAGCUCUGGUAGUAGCUUUGCCGAGCGGAGGUCGAUAUUCAGAGAAGACGUCUAAGUAAUGCGAUGGAUGGAGUGAUGCGAGUUGGGCACGAUGAGGGAGCCGAAAGGGGGGGUGAGGAAGGGACGAGAAAAGAAGACGAGAAAAAAAAGGCUGCAUUUCUGAACCCGCACAACUGUUUAUGAAAAAACUUGAUUUAUCUGGCAAAGGAUACGGUACGCCGGUGGCUUUUUUCCCCCUUUUUGCUUUUUAAUGUCAUUUUAUGCCUGCCUUCUUUUUUUACGUGGAAAAAAAAGGAAGCUUUGCAUCACGACGAUAUACAUACACUCAUGUAGCUAUUAGGUACUAGGUAGGUAGGUAAGGUAGGAAGGCUUUGUUGUUUCAUUGCGGGAUCGGAGGACGGAACGAAUACGUUUUUUGCUCUCUUCUUGAGCGGCCUGGCUUAGUCACGGAGUUUUUAUUUUUCUUUACGAAUAGUAACUGAUAUGAUCUUGACGAUGGC